UAUUCAGCCGCCAUCAUACCAAAAGUAUCCACGGUACCUAACGUGCUUCGAACGGCAUUUAAGCGAAAAGAGAUUUAGUUUUCUCUGUUUUUACACUAAAUACAGUUUACGUUCUUAAUUGUAACCGAAUCUAAAACAAAUCCGAAAUGGCUGACGAUAAGAAAGACAACAAAGGAACUGAAUCGGAGCACAUCAAUUUGAAAGUAUUGGGACAGGAUAAUGCAGUGGUUCAAUUUAAAAUCAAGAAACAUACACCGCUGAGAAAAUUGAUGAAUGCAUACUGUGACCGAGCUGGUUUAUCGAUGCAAGUGGUGCGAUUCCGUUUCGACGGACAGCCGAUAAAUGAAAAUGAUACGCCAACAUCAUUGGAAAUGGAAGAAGGUGACACAAUCGAAGUGUACACGCAGCAAACUGGCGGACGACAUUAAUUUAAAAUUAACAAACAACAACAUCAACAAAACAUUCUUCAAAUCAAAGAAACCAACAACAAAUAGAUUUCAUCCUCCUUGAAAAAAAAAACAAUCUGAUUCCAUCUCAUCAUCCUAACCAUUUUUUUGUUUUUGUUUUUUUUUUAAGUUUCCUUUUCCCUUCAUGAAACAGUCGAAACAUUUUUGUACUCUUCAUUUUAUUAUUUCGAACCAUUGCGCAAAGAAAGUGUUAACGCUGUGGAAAUGAUGAAAAUCCCAACGGUUUUUUCACGGAACGUCUUGUUCAAUCUGAGUAAUUAAAAAAAAAAUAAUUUUACGAUGUGUGUUUACAUUCAGCAUAAUUUUCAAAACAUUCACAUCCCAUUUAUCAUAAAUGAUUUUAUCAAAAGUAUGAACUACUGAUGAAUAAAGUAAUUAGAAAGUAAAAACAAAAAGGGAAACCAUGAA